CCGUCUCAAUGGAGGAUCAAAGAAAAAGGAAAGGAAAUUCCACCGACAUUGAGAUACGAAAGUUAAUUGAGCUGUACAGUCAGCACAGACACACACUGACUGCCAAGCAAUCAAACUCAAUAACGAACAAGAAGAAACAAACAACAUGGAAACAGAUAACGGAGGCGAUUAACGAUUGCUCUGACUCCGGCUGCCUUCGGACAGAGAGCGAUGUGAGGAAAAAGUGGAAAGACCUCCUGAGCAAAGCAAAAAAAGAUUUGUCUUCAAAAAAACACCACCCGACCUGCGGGGGUCCUCCCCCAAAAACCUCCGUGUACAGUACCAUAAUUGUGGAUAUCUUUGGAGAGGAUUCCCCGGCUUUUAUUGUUUUGGUCGGUGCAGAAAGUGGCGGUACCGAUCUGGAAGAAACUGCUGUCUCUCCAGAGAUGGAUGUCGACCACUCAAGCGAGUGUGUGAAUUGUGAAGACUCGAUGGAGGCCCCAGUCACUCCACAAAAUACUCAUGAAGGCAGCAGCGGUGCACCGCCGAUGAAACGGAGGAGGAGGCUGGAAGAUCUGCAGCAGACACUUCUUGAAAAAGAAAUUGUUAGAGUGGAGGCUGAAACAAAGAAAUUACAGGCCGAGCAGGAAAAGCUGGAACUUGAAAAAAAAUAUAUCAUUAGAAAUACAGUUGCUCCAACAACAGAUAAGCAGGUCAUCUUCGCCUAUUUCUGAAGAGGAUGGGCGGUCUUUUGUAAUUCUGUAAAUAAGCCUAAUGGCAAAUUGUGUGCAAUGAAUCAAUGACAAUUAUAUGUAAAUUAAAAAAGAGUUUAUUAUAAACCUA